AUGGCUGCCAUGGAAGAACCAAUUCUCUCUAGACUAAACCGACUGGAUAACAUUUUGAAACAAUUGGAAGACACUAGGAGCCUUAGCCAUUCUCCCAAAAGCUCGGGUGCAUACACUUUCUCAAGUGGAAUGCUCACAAGCGACGGCCAGGCAUCAUCAGUUGAUUCCUCGCCAAAAAGCUUGGAGAAGCACUGCCGGCCCAUCAAUGAAGUGAUAUUGGAAGUCGAGAGCAAGGGUACACUCAUUGAAAGACUAGUCCACGUGGAGGACCGUGUGUUGAAGAAUUGUUUGCAGUUAGAAGAAGUGCUCGAGGCAGAGAAGCACAGAGGGGAGACAGCGGAAGUAGAGAAGAAUUCACCUAAGAAGGUCCUGAAGAAGAUUCUGAAAACUUGUGUAAGAGGAGGACAUGGGAAGCAAAUGAUCAGAGCUUGA